AAUUACGACAGAGCCCAACCGCUCUCGGCUUCCCGGGAGACGCGACCGCCCCUUUGAGCUCGAAGGGGCGGGACGCUCGGGAGGAGGAGUUUGAAUCUGCCUCCGCGUUGGGACUUAGCCAAUCGGGAUGCAGCAGAACUGUGAAAGGCAGAAGCUGGAGCCAAUCAACGGAUCGUUUCGGUUCCGGAACUUUCACUCGCGCCAGCUAGUCGUGUGACGGUUUACUGGUAGCGCGCGCGGGAGCUCAAAGUAGAUCAUGGAGGAUACCCAGGUUAUUAACUGGGAACUUGAAGAAGAAGAGGAGGAAACAGUAGAACCCAGUGAACCUCUGGGGCAUAGCUUGGAACCUGUAGGGAGACUGCGUUUCUUCAGCAGUCCCCAGGCACCAGAAAAAGAUUUCCCACUGUACCUGGGGAAGAAUGUGGUAGGUCGACUGCCUGAUUGCACUGUGGCCCUGCCUUUCUCAUCCAUCUCCAAACAACAUGCAGUGAUUGAAAUCUUGGCCUGGAACAAGGCACCUAUCCUCCGAGACUGUGGAAGCCUCAAUGGUACUCAGAUUCUGAGACCUCCAAAAGUCCUAAAACUUGGAAUGAGUCAUCGUCUGAGGGACCAGGAGUUGAUUCUCUUUGGUGACUUGCCCUGCCAGUAUUAUCGCCUGGCUGUCCCCAAGCCCUUCGUUUGCCGGGGCCCUCUAACGGUGGAGGAGACACCCAGAGUUCAGAGAGCUCAACCCCAGGAACUCCUGCUGGCUGAGGACUCGGAGGAGGAAGUAGAUCCUGCUUUUGAAGAACCAAAAACCACAUCUUCCCCUUUGACAACAGUAGUUCCAGAGAGUGAUGAAGAGGGAGGGUUGCCUGCCCCAGAUGGUCCUUUUGCCUUCAAUCUGGACAGUGACACAGAUGAAGAAAUUAAGCCACCAGUUUCAGGAGGGGACUCCUUAAUUUCCAGAAGAGAUGCCAUUGCAGAGACAGAACAAUCAAAAGCUGAUGGAACCAUGACUGAGUCCCAGACUGCAAAGGAUCCGUGUGCAGUGAAGAGAAAGGGCCAUAGCAGCAAAGCCAAGAGGGGUCCUGGUAGGGAGAGGAGCCAAGCUGCUGACGAGGACAGUGACACAGAUGUGGAUGACAAGAGCAUAGGCCGGCUUGCUGGAGACCAUUUGGAAAUGACCCGUUCUUCUGGCUUCAUGGACAGCGAUACUGAUGUGGAAGAAGAAGGGAUCCCUGCAACCCCUGCAGUUGUUCCUUUGAAACAGAGGCUGGUCAUCUAUGGAGUUGGCACAAAGAGUUCUGGGGCACCUGACUUGGCACAUCGGCAGGAUAGUGAUAGUGACACAGAUGUGGAGGAGAGCAAGGCCCCACUGCCUGCUCCUCUGGAGAGAAGCCUAGGCUCCAUGGAGAUUGACAACAAGAAGGAUGACAAGGAAGAAAUCUCAACAGCUCUCCCUUUGGUAUCCCUGAAAGAGAGCCCAGAAGGGAGCAGCGCCCAACCUGUGGGUCUUCUAGAGCAAAACCAGACCUCCACUAGGAGAGGCGGUGACACAGACAUGAGGGAGCAGGGGCUUCCUGUGGAAAAACAAGGAAGAGUUCUCUCUAAGGGUCACCCAGACAAGGCACAUCUAGAAAAGAGCCAACCUCUUCUUGGGGACAGUGAUAGGAAGGUAGAUAUCAGCUCUGCUGGGGUCCAGUUGGAGGGAAACCAAGCCUCUGCCACAGAGGUCAUCAACAAACAGGUGGAGGAAAAGUAUCAGGUACCCGUGGUGUGGACAAAUCAAAGAGAUGUGAAAGCAGAAGGGGAUCCAAGAAAAGUGCCUGGAGUGCAUCCAGAAACAGCCCAGUCCACAACUAGAGUCUGUGAGACACAUGCAAAAAAGGGCACAUCCUUAGUAUCCUCAGCAGCGGCAGGUAGAAGCAAGAGCCACCUUGGGACAGAGUGUGCUGUGGUCCUCCUUGAGCCAAAGAAAGAACUGGAGACCGAGGCUCAGGGUGGGUCACCUGUGGUACAAGUGAAGGAGGACCUUUGCCCUAUCUCAGGGGAGAACCCAACAGUUCUGGUGGUGGACAAAGGUGUUCCAUGGGAAAAACCCAUUCAGCCACGGAGAGAGGAAGCCCAGAGCCCCCUAGAAAAGGAGAAACACCAGAUCCACAGAAUCAAGGAUUCAGGAGACAGCCAUGAUGAUUCUGAAGAUCUAGACCUGCAAGCUACCCAGUGCUUUGUGAAGCUUGAAACUCAGAGCCUGGAAGCAGACCAGAGCGUAGAGGAUGAAGCCACUCAGGCCUACCUGUUAACCUUACCCCAUGAACCUGGACCUUCCUGUUGCAGCAUGCAGGCCCAAGGUGCCCUGGAUGAGUCAUGGGAGGUCUUGGCUACACAGCCGUUCUGUCCAAGAGAGUCUGAGAGCCAAUCUGCUGCAGCUUUCCCUGGGACUUGCCUCUCUUUACCUGGAAAAGCACUGCAGGACCAAUAUCCUGGGAGCCUAGUUCCCACACAGCCAUUGGAGAUUAAGGACAGACGAAUGCAAACUGUGGAAGACUUGGGCCACUUCAGUUGCCAGAUACCGCCCUCUGAGGAGACAUCCAGGGAUGAUCAGGAAUCUCCAGAUACUUCCCUGCCUUCUGCAGUGCCUGAAUCCUCAGCUUCUCACCAAAAACCCUUCAUCUUUCAUAAGCAAAAACAUACUGCCCCUCAGGCUGUGCUUUCUCUCCCUUCACCAUUAGAGCGUCCCGUUCCCAGGACCAGGCGAAAAAGGAGUCAGAAAGCUCCAGUGACUCCUUUGUCCUCAGAGCUGAAGCAUCUCCACACAAAACCCAACGUGAAGGCCGAGGAGUCUCCCAGGGUGACUCCUCCUCCAGUUUCUUCACUUGCCCUUGAACCCCAUAUUACCACUCCCAGAGACCAGCCAGUCAGCUCUGAGACCACACCUCGGGUCACUAGGGGCCGGGCACGUAGGUCCUCUGUCAAGAGUCCUGAACUAGGUGUUCCUGCUGCCCCUGAGCUUCAGCCUUCUGCUUCCACAGAACAGCGUAUCAUCCCCAAACCCACAUCUCAGGCCACUAGGAGCAGGACACUUAGGUCCUCUGUCAAGACUCCAGAAGCAGGUGUAGUCACCGCUUCUGAGCUGCAGUCUUCCCACACCGUUGACCAGUCUGUCACUCCUGAGUCCACAUCUCGUACUACUUGGAGCAGGACACGUAGGUCCUCUGUCAAGACCCCUGAACCGGUUGUACUCACAACCCCUGAGCUUCAGCCUUCUGUUUGUGAAAAUCAGCCUGUCACCCCCAAAUUGGCAGUCCGUGUCACUAGGAGCAAAGGACAUGGGUCCUCUAGCAAGACCCUUGAACCAGUUGUCCCCACAGCCCCUGAACACCAGCUUGACACCCCCACAGACCAAGCUGUCACUGCUGAACCCAUAUCUUGGGCCACUCGAGGAAGAACAUCCAAAUCUCUGGAGACCUCUAUACCAUUUGUCCCCAUAGCCCCUGAAAACCGACCUUGCACUCCCACUGUUAUCCCUGAGCCCGUAUUUCACACCACUCGGGGCAGGACACGAAGUUCCUCAGUCAAAACCCCUGAACCACUUCCUCCAGCCUCCAGAAUUCAGCCUACUGUCCGCAUAGAGAAGCUUGUCCCAGUGGGGAUUGCUCAGGGCAGAACACGUAAAUCUAAUAAAACCCCCAAACCAGCUAACCUCCCAAACCCUGAGCUCCAGUCUUCCACUUCCACAGAUCAGCCUGUCAUCCCUGAGCCUCUAUCUCGGACCACUCGAGGCACAUCUGUGACGGCCUCCCAGUUCCCUGAACCCACAUUCCUUGAUCUUGAACUUAACCCCACAGACCAACCUGUCAUUCCUGAGACCAAAGUUCAGGAUGGUCUGGGCAAGAGGCUGAGGUCUUCAGUAAGUGCUGCUACCUCUGAAUCCCAGUUGCCUGCCCCCAAGCCCACCCCUCAAGCCGACUGCAGCAGGAGAGCAAGGGCCACUAGAAAACAUGGGUCCCUCGCGGUUACUGUUGUCCGUGAAGUCAGCCCUGUACCUCCUGAGCCUCGUCCUCAGUCCUCCAGGAGCCAGAGACGAGCUGUAAGAACAGCUAAGUCCCUUGAGGCCAAACCUGAGCCUCCUGAAACACCCACUCACGAUCCUGAGGUCCAAAAGAUAGAGGCAACCCAGAGGCCUGGGCACACCCCAAAGGCCCGGCCUAAGGCCACCCAAAGCAAAAAGAGGCCUUUGGCCACUGUGGAUUCAUCCCCACUUCAAAAACGACUCCAAAGAGAAGUCGCCCAGAAGAUAAAAUUCCUCAAGGAAGAGGAAGAAGACCCUGCGGAGAAGCUAGGAAAGGAAGAGGAUGUAGUGAUUCCAGAAGUAAGCAAGAGGAAGAGAGCACAGGCCGAGGAGGAGCCAGAGGGGAGAGGGAAACGCAGCCUCCGGCGCGCCAAACCUACCCAAGAUUCCACAGCCCCCAAAGUGCUCUUCACGGGCGUGGUGGAUGAGCAUGCCAAGCGGGCGCUGCUGGACCUCGGGGGGAGCCUGGCCAACUCUGUAGCAGAAGCUUCCUACCUGGUGACUGAUCGAAUUCGCCGGACAGUCAAGUUUUUGUGUGCCCUGGGGCGGGGCAUCCCCAUCCUCUCCUUGGACUGGUUGUACCAGUCCUACAAGGCUCGUCGCUUCUUACCUCCGGAUGACUAUGUGGUGAUGGAUCCUGAACAUGAGAAGAAUUUUGGCUUCAGCCUUAAGGAAUCCCUGAGCCGGGCUCAAGAGCGAAGGCUAUUGGAGGGCUAUGAGAUUCAUGUGACCCCUGGGGUCCAGCCACCACCAGCCGAGAUGGGAGAGAUCAUCAGCUGCUGUGGAGGCACUCUCCUGACCAGCAUGCCCCGGGCAUAUAAGCCUCAGAGAGUUGUGAUCACAUGCUCCCAGGACUUCCAUCGGUGCUCCGUUCCAUUUCGAGUUGGACUGCCCAUCCUCUCACCUGAGUUCCUGCUGACUGGCGUGUUGAAGCAAGAAGCCAAGCCAGAGGCCUUCAUCUUCUCUGCUUUGGAAAUGUCACCCACCUGAAUCCCUAUCUCCAGUACCCUCCUCCCAUACCAAUAGAAGAUAUUGGGAAGAAAGAGUUCAGGGUGUUAAGAGAGGAUUGAGGUGUACUAAUCUGAUUUGUGUGGGAACAUGGCAGCACCAAAAAAGAUUAUGGGUCAACAAAGAUAAGGAGAUUUAAAGUGAGGUUCUCUUCAGUGCCCAACCCUAUGCUUGAAUAUCUUUAGUCAGCUCAGGUUUAGCUGAACCAGUGUCUUACUGCUUCCUCACACACGUGUUGUCCGACUUGUUUGGAAGCCAUCUCUCUUCCUCUUUGCUCACUGUGAUUCUUAUCCUCUGUAAGACAGUGAAAACAGUUUUAGCAUCAGAAACUUGGAAGAAAUGCUUGGGGUGAGCAAAUUGGAGGAUAGAGUUCUGCAGUGUUCUGAACUUUACUCAUCCUGUCAUGUUAGAAGUGUCCCUUAGCUUUGCCUUCGAACAACUCACUGCACUUUCAUGCUUUUCUAUUAUUUAUAAAAUAAGAGCUUAAGUUCAAGCCUUCCUGAUAAAUAAAUAUUCACUCUAGCCUUA